AUGCAGCGUUCGCUGAAGUUCCAGCAGUAUGUGUAUCUCUGCACGGGGCUCGUCAAGCUCAAGAGAGCUAUACGUCACAAAGAUUGGACAGCAUGCGAAGCCCUCUUCUCUUAUCUCCAACCCGACCCCUCAACGGACCCCGAACUUACCUUCCUACUCUCCGAAUCUCGCAUCGACUAUCUGGUAGCACGUGGCCUAUAUUCGCAAGCAUGGGACGCCGUAGAAAAGCUAUCCAUCACGCUCAAGGAAGAAGGCGCAGACUUUAUGCAACGUAUAUCCCUACUCAUUACCAAAGCAGAUAUAUGCAGAAGACUCGGUUGUCCUGAGCGAGGUUUCAGUGUCGCUCUUAGAGCAGCUAGUGUGGCCUUCAAGGCGCACUUGAAGACGUGCUUGUUCACAGCGGUGGGCUUGAUAGCAAAUAUAUUGAACUCCAACGGAGACUACAAUGCUGCAACGCGCUUGCUGGGCUCCAUCAUACCCCAGUCGCUUGAAAUCGGUGACAUUCAUGUCACAGGAAUGCUAUACUCGCACAUGGGGGAUGCGUACAUGGGUCUCGCGGGUCUGGAGGACACACAGAGCCCUGCGAGUUUCAAGAAGGCCGAGGAUGUCGAAGGCGAAUGCGAACAACUCAUGAAGAAGGCGGUCAUCGCAAGACUGAGGGGAGAUGAGGGACUAGCUGAAGAGUGGGCCCAUGAUCACAAUCGUGUAUGGGACCACGGCAUGGAGCGCAUCGCAAGCAACAGCGUUGAAGUACACUAA